GGGUGUACUGCUCAGUCCGGUUCAGCGUUUGUGGCGCUCCGUCUGUCUGCUGGUGUCCCUGACCAUGCACCUGGAGCCCGAGGCCCGGACCGCAGCACGACCGUGUUCCGUUCGGAGACUACUAUCAGAGGGGAAACCGAGCCGGACCGUCGCCGGGCAGGCGGACAGGACCGGAGGGAGAGCCUGAAGGCCGCUGCUGCUCUUUGUUUUUCUAACAGACAGAACAGCAUCUCGACUGCGAACCGCGGAAACACCGACGUCCAGCGGAGCGACCCGCCUUUGUCUCCGUCUGAGUGUGAGCAGGUCCUGAGAAGAUGUUCUGUCGAACCGCGGUGUUAUUGCUGCCAGUCUGGUGCAGCAUCAUCAGCAUCCUCUGCACCGCAUCCCCAGCAUCCCUCCGGGUUUGGACCAGAACGCAGCCCGGAGCCAGCAGGCUGCAGGGCGGGGAUCCAUCAGCAGCUCGAUUCUCUAUCCUGCCCAACCCGACAACACCUGCCAAUCCAGGUGCUGGAGGCUGGUCACCCCUGGAUACAGACCGCUACCAGUGGUUACAGGUAGACCUGGGUUCUAGGAAGCAGGUGGUUGCCAUAGUGACACAGGGUCGCUACAGCAGUUUUGAUUGGACCAGCAAGUAUCGACUCCUUUACAGUGACACACAGAAGAACUGGAGGCCUUAUCUACAGGACGGAAACAUCUGGACAUUUGAGGGUAACACCAACAGUGAGGGUGUGGUUCGCCAUGAGCUGCAGCACGCCAUCCUCGCCCGCUACAUCCGCUUCAUCCCCCUGGACUGGAGCAGGGAGGGACGCAUCGGAGUCCGUCUGGAGUUCUAUGGCUGCUCGUACUGGGCGGAUGUGAUCAGUUUUGACGGCUAUGGCGUCAUCUCUUAUCGCUUCAGAAGUAAAAAGAUGAAGAUUAUGAAGGACGUCAUCUCUCUGAAGUUUAGAACCACAGCUGGAGAAGGGGUGCUGCUCCACGGAGAGGGGCAGCAGGGAGACUACAUUUCCCUGGAGCUCCGCAGGGCGCGACUGCAGCUCAGCAUCAACUUAGGCAGUAACCAGUACGGGUCCAUUCAGGGCCACACCUCGGUGACCAGCGGCAGCUUGCUGGAUGACGACCACUGGCACUCAGUCGUCAUAGAACGUUACCGAAGGAAUGUCAAUUUCACUCUGGACCACCACACUCAGCAGUUCAGGACUAAUGGAGAGUUUGACAACCUUGACCUGGACUAUGAGAUCAGCUUCGGAGGACUGCCUGUAUCUGCAAAACCCAGCUCAGGAGGCAAAGACAACUUUGUGGGCUGCAUGGAGGGAAUCACAUACAAUGGAGACAACAUCACCAACCUGGUCAGAAGAAAGAAGGUGGACACCAGCAGCUUUCGUAACCUGACAUUCUCCUGUGCUGAGUCCAACUCCUUCCCCGUCUUCUUCAACUCCACGUCGUUCCUGCGGUUGCUGGGACAGAGCGACAGUGACACUCUGUCCGUCAGUUUGUCGUUCAGGACGUGGAACCCCCACGGCCUGCUGAUGUUCACGGCCCUGGCCGAUGGCUGGGUGGAGGUGGGGCUGAUGGAGGGCAAGGUCACCGUCUACAUGAAUGUGACGCAGAAGAAGAACGCACGUAUUGACAUCUCCUCAGGCUCAGGUCUGAAUGACGGCCAGUGGCACAGCAUCCACCUCAACGCCCUGGAAAACUACGCUAUGCUGACGGUGGAUGGAGACGAGGCGUCCACAGUGAGGACAGCUAUCCCCAUCCAGAUCCAGACUGGAGGAACCUACUAUUUUGGAGGCUACUUCCUGCACACGAAUGCCCGGUCACUCCAGCGCUCCUUCCAGGGCUGCAUGCAGAUGAUCCACAUUGAUGACCACCUGGCGGACCUCAGGGCUGUGGAGCAGGGGCUCAUUGGAACGUUUGAAAAUGUCAGCCUGGAUAUGUGUGCCAUCAUAGACAGGUGUGUUCCUAACCACUGUGAGCACGGCGGUCACUGCUCUCAAACUUGGGACACGUUCAACUGCAACUGUAGCGGCACCGGCUACACUGGAGCCACCUGCCACACCUCUCUGCAUCAGCAGUCCUGUGCUGAGUAUCAGCACCAGGGGAAGAGUUCUGGAAGCUACUGGAUCGACCCUGAUGGCAGCGGCUCCAUCGCCCCCUUUAGAGUCAGCUGUGAAAUGGCAGGGGAAAGAGUUUGGACCAUCCUGAAGAACAACCUGUCUCCUCAGACCUCGGUCUCCGGGGCAGACCAGGAGGGGAAGGCAGUGCUGCAGAUCAUUUAUAAUGUGACUGAUGAACAGGUGUUGUCGGUGACCAGCAGUGCAGAGAGCUGUGAGCAGUAUGUGGCCUACGCCUGCCGAAUGUCUCGUCUUCUCAACAGUCCAGAUGGAACCCCAUUCACCUGGUGGGUAGGAAGAGCCAAUGAGAGGCAUUCCUACUGGGGAGGUUCAGGACCAGGGAUACAGAAGUGUUCCUGUGGCAUUGAACACAACUGUACUGAUCCCAAACACUACUGCAACUGUGACGCCGACCUGCGGACCUGGAGGGAGGAUGCAGGUCUGCUGGUCUAUAAGGAUCACUUGCCAGUGAGCCAGGUCGUGGUUGGUGACACGAGCAGAGCUGGGUCUGAGGCCAAGCUGACCGUCGGGCCGCUCAGAUGCCGUGGCGACCGGAGCUACUGGAACGCUGCCUCGUUCACCAGCCCUGCCUCCUUCCUCCACUUCCCCUCCUACAGAGGAGAGACCAGCACUGACAUCUCCUUCUACUUUAAGACAUCCUCCACUCAUGGAGUGUUUCUAGAAAACCUGGGAAGCACCGGCGGCCUUCACAUUGAGCUCAGAGGAGGUUCAGUGAUCUUCUUCUCUUUUGACGUGGGCAGUGAGCGGAUGGAGCUCAGCGUCCGCUCGCCAGCGCCGUUAAACGAUGACCAGUGGCAUCGUGUGGAGGCUGAGAAGAACAUCAAGGAGGCAGUGCUUCAGCUGAAUGGACAGUACCGAGAGGUCAGACCCACCCCCCCACAGGGCCACGCAAAGCUGGAGUUCUACAGCGAUCUAUAUGUUGGUGCUUCGAGUGGUCAGAGGGGCUUCCUUGGCUGCAUGCGUGCUCUGAAGAUUAAUGGUGUGAUCUUUGACCUGGAGGAGAGGGCGAAGACCACGUCGGGGGUGAAUCCAGGCUGCCAGGGCCACUGCAGCAGCUAUGGGAUGCACUGCAGGAACGGAGGGAAGUGUGUGGAGCAGUACAACGGAUACUCGUGUGACUGCUCACUCACUGCAUACGAUGGACCCUUCUGCACGGAUGAUGUCGGUGGCUACUUCGAGACAGGAACCCUGGUGCGCUACGACUUCCUGCCAGAGUUGGGACUGUUUGCUCUGCAGGAGACGAAGAGUCGAUCGGUCGUUGGUAUUCCAAGUGAGGCCAACCUGACGAAGGAGGAGCUGGUGUUCAGCUUCAGCACUUACAGUGCUCCCAGCAUCCUGGUCUACAUCAGCUCCAGGACCCAAGACUAUGUGGCCGUUGUGCUCAGACACAAUGGCACUCUUCAGAUCCGCUACAGUCUUGGGGGACUAGCAGAACCUUACACCAUAGACAUUGACCACCGUAACAUGGCCAACGGACAGCCUCACUCCGUCAACGUCACCAGGAACCUGAGGGAGAUUCAGCUACAGCUGGACCACUACCCGGUGUCCACGUACACCCUGCCUGAGGCCUCAGACACCCAGUUCAACCUGGUCAAAAGCAUUUUUCUCGGAAAGGUAUUUGUGCUGAUGUGUGUGUUUCCAGGUAUCAUCUCCAUGGUGAUCUUCACCGUCCUUUGCAUCAUGGUGUUUGUGAUCCGUCACAUGUUUCGUCAUAAAGGCUCCUACCACACCAACGAGGCCAAGGGAGCAGAGUCAGCCGACUGCGCCGACGCAGCGAUCAUCGUGAACGACCCGGCCUUCACCGAGACCAUCGACGAGAGCAAGAAGGAGUGGUUCAUCUGAGCAGCGUGUACAUGUGGCGUUAGGAUGUGUGUAGUUUUCUCAUCAUAGGAAGUAGUAACGAAGUAAUGAGACCACCUGUGGAAUGUCGAGAUGUGCCGAGCGCUAUGUUUUACAGACCUUAUGGACAACGGACACCAUGACAUUACAGCAUGGUAUUAAAGCACAGGGGCAGCGCUCACGGAGAGUUGGAGCAAUUUAUGUUAACUUUAUUUACAACGGACAGUGUGACACGACGACAGCCUUCAGAGGAUGUGCGAUACGGUUACAGGCCUUCAGUAACUGUGUUCAUUCGCUUUGAUUUGAGUUCUUUUUCCGAUAUCAUUCUGAAAUGGAUUACAAUUCAACUUAGUUUAUUUAUGCAUAUGUACGUAAUAUAUUUUUCAUACAGUUUUACUUGGUGUAGUUUUUAUUUUCAUACCUUGAUAUACCUUUAUGUUUCUGUGUGAUGUGCUGCUGCUAUCUCACCGUAGAACACGACGUCUGGUGGGAUGAAUGAUCCUCCGUUUGUGUAGCAAGGCUCAUGCAUUCCAGGAUAUGUUUUGUUAACUGGCAUAGCUCAUCAUUGCCUUAUUUUAUAUUUCAGUAAAGUUUAAUUUUACCAUUAAGACUGAACACAUUGGUGUGUGUGUGUGUGUGGGUGUGCGUGUGUGUGUGUGUGUGGCUUGCUUAUCUGUAAAGGAGAUGCCGUCAUGACUUUGUUUGCAUCGUUGGGACUAAGACAUAGGAACUCAGUGAAACGCCGCCUUGUCUCUGAGCUUAACUGUUGUGUUGUUUUGCUGACUCAUGACUUCUGGGAUGCGCUCGACGUUUUAAAGCUUGAACUAGAUCCUGUCAGUCACAAGAGCUUGUCUCAGGUUGUCUUUUGUGAUCAACACCAGAACACUGAUCUAAAAGUGAUGGGAAAUGAAAUGAGGUUUCUGGACCAGAUUGCUGUUUGAGAAACAUCAGAACACUUUGGAAGUCUUCUCAUGUGCCAUCUGAUUCAAAGUCAAACAGGACAACGUUUGUCCUGGUGCAUCCAGGAGAAAGGCGCGUGGGGGAUGAGGCUAGUGUGAUUUAGCUAAAGGACUUGAGGCAGGGGGGACUGCUAACGUAGCUCCAUCACAAAUGAACCAGCGGCUAACAGACAGUCUUAGUUCGCUGAGCGCCACAGUAAAGUCAGAACAGACCCAGUAUGUUCCACAUGAGCCUCAUCAUUAACUGCAAAUCCAACCAUUCUGUUGUUUUUCCCAGAAUGUCUAUGCAAAAUAAAAUGUUUGACACAGCACAGAGAUGUUGGAACCAGGGCAGUAGGUGGGUCCAGGGUCAGACCAGUCCUUGAUCAAAGUAGUUUUGGGAUCAAUUCAAGGCUGAUUCCAGAGGAGCUGGGCAUACGAGGCAGAACAGCCUUCCUCCUGGUGUCAGCUGUUGUCCAUCACUCUCUUCACUCAUGACUUCAGAAAAGUUAAAAGUGUAACAGAAACAGAAAACAAACAAAACUUGGUGCUUUAGUUUGACAAUGUUAAAAGCUACAAGUUUGGAGUUUUGGUUGUUCUGCAGUAAAAAACCUUCAUAGAAAAUAAUCAGUCCUAAACCUUCAACCAGUCUUUCCUGUCUGCAAGGGAAGCAGCCAACCAACUGGUCAGGGGAGAAAAAGAAAAGCAACCAGUGGUCAUCUGGACCAAGGACCAGGUGGCACCAGAGGCCACGUCUGAGACUAGUCCAAGUCAGAACGUCCAUAAGACGGUUAUGUUAGCAAAAUUACAGUAAAACUACAAGGCCAAGUUUUAUUUAACUUGGUGGAAGGUGGAGCCCGAGGUCAGGAAGAGCCCAUUAAAUUCUGAGGGAGACCCACAUUACUAUUUUAAAUUUCGAGAUUGACUUAGCAAAGGACUCGGCUUUCCUGAUCCACUUGUCGUUUAACUUGUGAUGGAACGAGGUUCCAGUGUCCCUCUGCUCCUGGUCUUUAGACUUAACACAUUACCGUCUCUCUAGACAACGAAACGUGAUGAAAGCCAUAUUUAUCCUCUCAACCGUGCAGAAUGCAGCAGAACAGGUGACUCACCCAGACAGUUGUAGCUUUCUGCUAGAGGGUGACGAGUUCCUGUAUUGGCAGGAUGUAGUGUCCCUACUCACUGGAGAAAAACCCUUAUUUCAUAUGGUAUUUUAGAUAGGCUUCUAAGUGUUGCUGAUACUGUUUUCUCCUUAGUUUCCUUUCCUCUCUCUGGCAGAGUGCCAUGUUAGAACAGGUGUGGUCACGGCGAUGCAGCUACUUCCUGAUGGGGCACCGACACCAACGCUUGUCUGAUUCACUCACUGAUGUUCAGACGGACUGAAAAACCUCCGAGUUCAGGACUCCUCUCGUAUCUUUCCUUUAAAAGUCUUAUUUAUGAAGGAAGGUGGUGUUUCUAAAGAAGGACCGCUUGUUAGCGACGUGCUACGCUGGCUUACAACCUGACAUUUGAUUGUAUUGCAUCUGUAUUGUUUGGCUGCACUGUGGUGUAAUGGCAUGCUGUUUGACACUGAAUGGCCACACGUCUGUGUCUGAUCAGCCACAGUAGCAUCACAUCACUUUUCUUUAAGUUAGUGUAGACGAUAUGUAAAACUUUGCCAAACUGUUGUUUUAAUAGCUGGUUGCACAUUCUCUGUGCUUUUUCUUUUUCUCAUUGUCUUGAAAAAAUGGAUGCUUCCUCUUGGAAAGACCAGUAAAAUAUGAGUACAAAUCUGA